AUGAUAGAAAAAGACUUACAUGAGAUAUACCUAGAAAUAACAGGCGUGCCAGCGUACGCAGAUGAUCCGCUACCUCAGUUAGCAUGUGUGGAAUGUAUCCACAGACUAAAUAAUUGCAAUCUGUUUAGAAACAAGUGUCGCAGAGCUCACAGGGUGCUCCAGGAAAUCAUUGACAACUCUGACAAUGUAAGUAUGGAUAAAAUUAAAAAUAUAGAUCGUGAUUCAGCCCUGUUGACAAGUAAUCUUACAAAAGUUGUGAAUAUAAAUAGCUAUGAUUGUAGUUUGGUUUACAAUGACGCCAAUGAAACUAUAAAACAGUUAAAAUUUGAAGAACAUUACAGCAGUGAUGUUGAAUAUAAAAGUGUUGAUACAAUUGAAAAUAACAUUGAUAUUAAUGAUGAUGACGCGAUAAUUAAUAAUGAACAUCCGCUAUUUUUGGAAAUCGACACUGAUAAUACAAGCAGACAUACAACAUCAAAAGAUUCGAACGUAGAACAGAACGGUGUCAACGUGAGUCAGAAGUGGGAUGACAUACGGAUAUUGUGGAGAGGUAGAAAGAGAAGGCCUAGGGCACGGACUGGUUUUAAAGAUUCACUCGAAGAUAAGUUUGUGAUAACCGACUUGACGUACGAAGAACAACUUGCGGAAGUGCACAAGAGACGGGAAUCUGCGAAUUAUAAGAAUAGCACUUACAGGUGUACGCUGUGUUUCAAAGGGUUUUUGGAUGAGGACGCCUUUAAAGCGCAUAUGAUGAGGCAUACUCGAUUUACGCCUGAAGAUAUUAGAAAUACAGUUAAAUCUAUUAAACGCGGUCAUAUCUUAACGGAAGAUCUGAAAGACGACUACGAUAUUGAGAGGGAGCGAAGGGCGCUCUCGGUACGUAGCAACAUGAUAGCACGAAGAGCAUUAGCUCGAAGUCACGACAGAUGGCAUGAUGGGAAGAAGUUCCAUUGUCAACACUGCUCUCAAGAAUUUAAUACACUAACCACGUACAUGAGCCACUUGCGUAUAAAACACCCAACCGACUUCGUUUGUGAGCUGUGCGGGUAUUCGUUCGUCAGCGAGAAAGGGAAGUAUCAACACAGGAGUCUGAAGCAUCGACUGGAUGACUUUCAGAUUCCCGACGAUGGUCCUCGGUGUGAAAAGUGUAACAUACAAUUUCGGUCUGACGAGGCCUAUGAGAAACAUAUAAGUGUUUCGUUAAGACACACUGUCCACACAACUAUUCGACCGCACCAAUGCGAACUGUGCGGCAAAUGUUUCAAAACGCCACACGAAAAGAAAUCUCACUGUGAUUACGUGCAUCUUAAGAAGCCGUGGCCUCGGAAGAGCCGGGGGAAACUGAAUGUUAAAGACACUGUGAAGGUAAAGUUGGUGUGUUUUUAAUUAAAUUCGUCUACAGGAUCUACUUUACAGUUGAUAACCUUGGGUUGAGCACCCAAAUAAUAGCAUAUAAGAAAUUGACUUGAGGUGUCGAUCUUUCAAAUUCAAAAAAAUUGUUAUAUUGAGUUAUACUGUAAGUUGAACAAGAAAUUAAUGUUAUUAUUUGGUGACGUUGGCUAUUUGGCUAGUCCUAAUGAGUCCUAGCAACACCGCGUCCAGAAUUGAACUAUUGUGUUCGCUAUUCAUACUUAUAGAUCGUCGCUAAGCCCUGCCGCAUUUACCAACCGCAGUAUCUUCAAGACGCGAGUAUUACAGAUAGCAUCUGGGAGCAGGGUGAGGUUACGCUUAUGCAUUUGUGGGCCGCAAUUGCAGAGGAGAUGAAGAGGCGUUUCAUCGGCCUCGAGGCAAAAUCUGCAAGUUCUUUCGUUUUUUAUUCCGACCACACUGAGGUGCUGUUUAGGCGACAGUGCCCAGUUAGCAUCCUGGUGAGUAUGCAUAGGUUUUUCCUGCUCAAUGAUAGGGCUUCAUUCGCAUUUCUGUUAUUGAGUGCCUUUAUCAGUGCUUUGGAAUGGUUUAUACCUGUUGAUCUUCUCCAGCGUUCCAGGUGUGGAAUGCGGGGAAUGGAGCUCUUAGGCAGUCCUCAAAUAUGUUACGGUGCGUAUUGGACUGCUUUAGCUGCAGCUCUUGCGAGCUCAUCGGCCAUUUCAUUGCCCAUGAUUCCGGCAUGCCCUGGGGCCGAUAUGAGGAUCACUCUAUUUUUUAUGCCUAAUGUGUUUAGGCAGUCAGUACAGUUUUUGGCUAAUUUUGACGCCGUCAAGUCUCCGUCUAAAGCCAUAAAUGCUGCCUGACUGUCAGAGUGAAUGUAUAUUAAUGUUUUGUUAGAAGUAGCCUUUUUGGAUAUUUGUUUCCGAACAUUCUAAAAUGGCGUAUAACUCUGCUUGAAAUAUGGAGGCAAAUCCCCAGGUUUGUGCUGGAUUUAAACCUGAGGCGUUCUCCAUAGACUCCACAUUUAUUUUCCAUUUUGUACACAUCGGUGAACCAUAAGACGCUCCCAUCUUUCCACAAGACUUUGUUGUUCAUUCAGUCGUCCCUAGAAGGUAGUUCCGCAAUUUAGUGUUUGACAGUGGUUAAUUUUGGAGUCAUUUGAUCGGGCAUCAUGCCUAUUAUGUAGUGUUGCAAAACUGAGUGAAACAAGGCAUACCAAGAUUUACGAUCCAUGCGUCGCUCGAUCAGUUGGCUCAGUUUGAAGAGCGCUCGGACGGAACCCGAGAGGUCGAUCGAUAAAUUUAUUUAAACUCAUCCCAAAAGUGAGGUAUAUCACUUUAAAAAUAAAAAAAUUUUUGUGUAUUUAAAUUUUUUCCACUAUUGAGAGGUUCUUAGAAUGCUGUCUAUAUCGGCACCACAAAGGUGUCUUCUUCUAUCGCCAAGCAUUGUUGCAAACUCUGGUCGAACUUCAUCCGAAAGAAAUGCCGGAUUUAGAUGUCUGAAGGUCUUCCGUUGGUGACCACUGUACAAAUGAUCUGCAUCACAGUACUUUGGAAAUUUUCAGGUCCAUAUCAUGGUCCGAUUGCAACCCCCCACUUAUAAGAUGUAGUUUUUAUAUACCUUCGAUGCCAGUUGUCUUAGUGCCUACAAACUGCAUCUUUGGAAUCGCUUUCCCUCCUGGGCGAACACUGUAUUGAUGUAUUUUAUGAUGAUCGGUCUUGCGCUGCCUUCAUCCAACGUAUUCCGGCGAUCUUGACCAGAUCGUCGGUCCAUCUUGUGGGGGGCCUACCAACAUUGCGUAAAUGUCUUUUAAAGAAUAAACUCUUUUUGUACAGAUGGAAACAGAUGACAUGACAUGUGCGAGCGAGAUGGACUACAAAGAAGAAUUACACUAAUUUUCAUAACA